AAAACUACGUAACCUGAUUAAAUUCUAACGUGAAACGGACAAAACAUUAUGAAAACACAGAGCACAACAAAUCGAGAACAUAUUUUUUACCUAAAAUGCCGACGAUUCGAAUACCCUCAAAUAAAACACUAGGAAAAAUCUGCGUAUACGGAGCGGUAGCUUCUAUAUCAGCUGUUAUGUUUAUGCGAUGGAAGUUGGAAGAUCGGGUAAGGAACGAAAAUUACUAUAAAUUGGCUAUUCAGGCUGUCAGGUCUCACAAAGGUGCCGUAAGCUUAUUGGGAGAACCGAUAAAGGAAUCAGGUUUUGAUAUGUCCGAUGUAAACAAUUCUUGCAACGCUGAAAAAGCACAGUUUGAGGUGUCCGUAAGAGGCAGCAAAGAUAAGGGCAAAGUUUUUUUUUGGGCUUCCAAAUCCGAUAAUGGCUGGCUAAUUGAUCGGUUAGAGUUGGAAACUAAACAAAAUCCCAAUAAACGUUUUCUGCUAAAAAAGUCAUCAGAUGCUCCAGUUUACGCUUUGCCCAACAAUCUCGCAGUUGACUCUGAUUCUAAAUCCUUUUUAGAAAGUUCGGAUCCGUGAUAUUAUUAACUUAAUUACAUAAUUUGUUAACUACCAAUUAAAUCUUUUGAGUGGCCAUUAAAUCUGAUUUAGUAAAAAAUUCAA